CAACACACAACACACACACACACACACACACACACAUGCCCCAGUGGUACAGUUGGGAGGACCUGGAGACUCAUUAAGCUCCUCCACACGUUUAGUUUCUACCUCUGCCUCGUUUAGCCCUCUGUGGGUCCUGUCUGUCUCCUGUCUCUGUCUUCACACCUUCUCUUAACGUCCCUCUUGUUAGCUCUCACUGCUGCUCGUUGCUCCGGUUUGCUCAUCUGGUAUCUUCAUUAACUCUGCAGAAUUACAGCUCCUUCCUCCUCUGACAGAUUUGAGGGCCGAUAUGAGUAAAAGGAAAUAGUCACGACCCAAAUCGGCUCCCCUGGAUCUUUUUUUGAGGCAGGCUGUGUUCCAAAUAUGUUAACAACUACUUUAUGGAAUUUCAGACAAAACUUGUUUUUGCACAAAUAUAUGUUCAGAUUGAAGUUUUCUCAAUCUAUGCUUGGUUUCACUUCCUAACUCAGGAAGAAUGAGUAAUGUAACUACUGUAAAAAUGGAUUUUCUUUGCCGCUUUGAAAUGUUUCUGUGUUGAAAUUAGAUCUGAUCCCAACUUUACUUGUUGUAUAGCUACCUUCUCUUCAACCUGUCAGAGCUGACAUCCCAGCUAGUCGGAAACCAACCAGGACCAAAGUUGCUGUUCGGACCGUAUUGAUUAGCUAAAAAUAUCUUGAAUGAAGGGACCCGACAACUAAAAACAAAUCCACAAUGGAUUCAAAUCUACACUGUAGCUACAGCUGCCCUGGGGCACCCUGACAGAGGCGGGGCUUCCAACCACCACCAGCAGGCAAAGGGGGCUAAGUGUCUUGCUCAAGGACACAAGAACCUGCAACCUUCCGAUUACUGGACAACCCGCUCUACAUCCUUUACAACUACGAGAACCUCCCAGAACCUAGCCUGGCAAGCCAGACUAAAUAAAUGUAUUAUUUAGUCUGGCCAUGCUCCAUUGACGGCUAUCGGUUGUGGGGCGGGUUCUACCGUUGUCUUUCAAAUGAUCUCCGCAUUCGAUUCCACUGGACGAUGAAUGUGACAUACUCUUGUUUCACUCUGUUGCAUCAUCCCACCCACCAGGCAUAUAGAGUGCCCUGAUUGGCCCACAAAGCGGAUAAAGCUCUGUGAUUUGUUCACUAAGCAGAUAGAGCACUAUGAUUGGCCCACCAUUAUGGACAAAUCACAGCUCUUUGUGUGUUUGAAACCCCUCUAGAGAGCUGUGAUUGGCUAGCCAGAGUCCUGGUAGGAGCUGCUGAGGUUCCAGUGGAGCAUGCCUAGACCAUUCUUUGCAAAGCAAGAAUUUGGUCUAGUUCACUAGGCUACCCAGAACCUCCUCUGCUCCCCAAUCAUGCACGCCAAGGUAACCAGACUGAAGGACAGUGUCAGCCAUUUCCAAAUGUAGGUAACUCCAAACAGAACCGCUCCUUAAAUGUAAAAUGUAAAUGACAAGCUGUUACGAUUCAUACUCUUCAUAAAGGACAUGAGCACCUGGGUACACACUGGUGGGAUUUAUCAUCGGACGAUUGCGGAGGAAAGUUCUUAUGAGAGGCCAACGCAUGUUUCAUAAAUCAGAAAUGUGACCGUUGCUACAAGCAUCCUGAAUUUCGGUCAUAGGAAGGAAUAUAGGAUUAUUUCUAUGAACGUCUGAUGAACGAGGGCCCUGGUGCUAUCAUAAAUAAUGUUAAUCAAUACCGUCUAAAGUCACAUUAGAGGCUUCUUCUCACGGAUUUAUAAAACUCAGCUUCAGCAGUUCUUCAGUCACCAUCUCAUUCCUGAUCCCUUCCUUCCUCCCGUCCUCCCCCAUCCUGCCGUCUGGACGGAGCAUUAAAGUCGUGCCUUGGACCCGGAUAUCAUGCUUUCAGCUAUUGUUAUCUCCCAGUCAUCAGUGUCCAGUUUCUUUGCAUGGUGCCACAUCGUCACCUUCUGCAGACGUUUACUCCACACCCUCUUAAGUCUGAUUUUUAAAGCCCCGCCUCUGCUCUGAUGACUGAGAGAUAAACGACUCCUGGUUUUGCCAUAUGGCAGGUUGAAAAUAGUGUUCAGGUUACAAACGUCUUCAUGGAUCUGAGUGAAUGCCACCAUAUGGACUCUAGACAAAGGGGGGUUAUGUGUGAUGAGCUCUGUUGCUUUUCUGUAAAGCACUGAAACAUGUUGAGAAUUGAGAAAAUGAGUGGUUGAAAAUACUACAUGUAAAAAUACUAAUUCUUUUAAGGGGAUUAAAGGGAUUAAAUGCCAAUCCUGCAUCCUUCAGAGGAUUGGAUCACAGAUCAGUUCGUCUCAUAAACUGUGCUCGUGCAGUUUUUCGAAAAACAACUUACUGUUUAUUCACCAGUGAGUAGGAAGGAGCCUACAGAGCUCUUUAGCAUUGCAGUAAACCUGUCGGAUAAGCUUCUCUGAGCUGAUGGUCCAUGAACAGAGUAAAUCUAAGUUUAGUAGCACAGUUCAUUAUUUCCUUUAUGGACGAGAAACUUAAGAACACCCAUUCAAACAGCUAAACACCAAGUUGUAAGGCUGCCUAGCUGUUUCUUGUAACGGAGUCAUCGGAUGGAUAACAUGAGCAAAAAAGAUACCAAGACCUUUAAAGGAAUGGAGGGUUUGUCUCUUGCUGCAGGACAGUGACCGGAUUCACACAGAAAACAAGAAAUAAACUUCUCAGGAAGAGCCACUAAUCUAAAUGCUGUUGAGAACCUAAUAAAAAGACAGAUGUGUUUGGAUAAAGUCACCAUGCAAGGUCAUUAGGCUUGUAAAAUGCUAUGAUGAGGACUUUAGUCAAAUUGUAUUUGUAAAAUAUUUGUGAUGUUUAUGCACAGUAACUUGAAAUUAAAGGCUCAUCCUUACUAUGUAAAAUGUUUUGGGUCAAACAGUGAAAAUAACAUCACGUACAACUAGGGCUGGGCAAGAAAUCGAAAAUGUAUCUUUGUCAAAAUUUCUAACUCUUGCAAUCGAGAACAUUUUUCCCGUGUCAAUAAAUCUGAUAAUUAAAAAAAAUGAGAAGAUGUGUGCAGGUUGGUAACAUUUAUGUCCCUUUUAGAAGUUGUACCACCUUGAGUCACAUAAAGAUAACGCAAAGUAACACACGUGACAGCCCCAUCUAGUGGACAACUUUUGUUUCUGUGCAUACCUGUAGUUAUCGUCCAUUUAUCGGUAUCGAGGUGGAAUCCUCAAAAUACCGUGAUAUUGAUUUUAGGAUGUAUCGCCCAGCCCUGCGUACAACCUUGAAGUCUCUCUGCAACCGUUCCGCUAUGACCAAACGAAGAUUUAGGUGUUUUGACCAUUUUGUGUUGGCUGAGAUUAGCUGUGGUUGAAUCUAGUUAACAUAAAAAAGUGAAAAAUUCAAAGUUUUCUGAGUUUGAUUACAAUUUGUGUAAAAUUAACUGUGGAUAUUAUAGUUUUGAUUUCCUGUGUAGUUUUUGUUUCAGCCAUUCGGAUGUUAAAUGACUUUUUUUUCCUUCGCUUUGGAAUUCACUGACAGACCAGCAAUACCAGUAUGUUGGAGCGAGUAUUUUAAAUGGGCAAAUAUUAGUGUGACUGUGAAUCGGAUUGUUUCAUUUAGGGGGAAUUAUUGGGAGGCUUUGCAAAAGAAUUGAAGGUGAGUCAUUAGUCUUAUAAAGACAGUGUAGCGGCAAUCACCACCUGAUCCCUCUGAGGCUCCCGUUGAAGUCAUGACUCUUAAAUGGGUCCAGUGGGAUGGAGACGCAAUGCGGGGCAGCCUCUAUGAAUAUGAAUGACCCAGCUGGGCCACAGAUCAAAAGCUCUGGCUCCCGAACACUGAAAGCACCAUGCUGGUAAUUGGGAUGGGACGUGGUAACCUCUGGCCAUCUUCUCGCCACAAACCCAAAUGUUGAUAUUUGUUAUGACAAACAGAAUAGUGUUAUCGCUUGGUCUCGGUCCCACUGAGACAGCAGCUCAUGGUGGUGUCAUGUCCAGGGCAGGAACAGAUUAAAGCUGACAUGUCCCUCUGAGGGAAUCCACUGAUCAAAACACAGAACCGUGAUGUCAGACUGAGUAGCAGCUUUCACUCUCCUGGACAGAUGUUGACACAAAGAACCUGCUGCCGGCGUCUGAACCGGUUUGGAGUCAUUUCUGUGUUUUCAUUCAUAUGCACGCGUUUCCUGCUACAGCUGCUGUGACCUUUGGUGCGGUUGUUCAUAUUGGAGCGCUGCUGCUGCGCUGACUGGGUGAAUGGGAUAAUCUAAGUGUGAAAGAAAGAUUAGCCAGGCAAGAGCACAGGCUUAAACUCUCCACUGAUCCCAGCCCCAGGCACAACAGUGCAGCUAAUGUGAACAGAGAAUUAGUUUUCAUGCUUCUCUGGAUAAAAGUCGGAGCCUUUCGGACCCAGACGAGCAAAGCCCACUGUGAUAAUGAGUGAUUGUUAAUUUCACACGGAUACCUCCGGUGUUCGCCUCGGGCAGCAGUGGGUCUUCUUCUGCUGUGUGGAUCUCAGUUAAAAUCUGUCCUAGCAGAGUUUCCAAUAGUCUGCCAUUUUAAUGUGGGAAAAAACAGGUGAAGAUUUCUGUUUUAAAACCCAAAUACAACCACAUGAAGCAAAAGUAGAAAAAGGUCGAUUAUAAGCCAGUAUUUCAGCAGGGUGCGAUGUUUCCCAAGUUUGAGAUGAAAUUGCAAGAAAAUCUGCUCAUUCUCAAUUGGGAUUAUGUUUAAUCUAUGCAUAAAACACUUGGGAUUCAAUGAAAUGUUUAAAAUGUUCUUUCUGAAUGUCUUCUUGAGGGUUUUAGACUCUUGCUUUACUGUUUUUCAGUUUUACUUCGAGUAAAGUAGCAAAGUCGUCACAGGCAUCAGGAACUCUUUUCUAUUCAGAAAAUUCAAAAUGCAGUACAGUUCUGGAAGAGUGUGUCUGACAAACCCUGGAUGAAAUCAGGAAGUGACCUAAGCUGUUGAGCUGCAUGACAACAAUCAGUUUCAAGAUGCUGCAGCUGCAGUUAAACACAAAAUCACAAGUCGGCUUUAUUGUCCUUCCUUUCAGAAGUAAUUCAUUUGGCUGCUUGCCUAAUGCUUUAACUCACCUCGUCACAACACUCUCUGUUUUUACAGUACAAGCUAUCGUUUCCAUUCCUGUGUGAUUCCAAAUGAGAAUGUGUCACCCAACUCCUCUCAGCUUACUGUAGAGCCCUGUGAAAUACUGGUCUGGUCACAAAUUAGUAGCACCCUGAAAUUGUGAUUGAUGGUCUUGGCUCAUUUCUUGUACUUUGUCACUCUCUGAGACCAAAUCAAGCAGCACUGACAUCAGAGCAUGUGAAAACCGUUGAGAACAUUUGAGGCAUUUUGAAAACUCUUGCAUACUUCAUUCGUUAUUUGUCAUCAGCUGCUGCAGCCCAGUGAAAUACCGGCUUUAUGCCUAGUCCACACGUAGCCGGGUUUUUAAAAAAAACGAAUAUCCGCCCCUCCAAAAACUUGCAUCCACACCACCUCGUUUUAAAACAAAACUCUGUCCACACGUACCCGGAUAAAUACGUUGUUAAGGAUAUGCCAGACCUGUAGGCGGCAGUACUUCCCCGUUCUUAACCUCGUCCUUCGUCUGUGGUCUUCCGCAAGGAGCAGUAAUUCCGCUUGCAAAAACAAACAAGCAAAAAGCGCUUGGACAAUUGAUAAAGCGAGUGCAGCUCUGAGGGCAUCCAUGAUGCCGGCUAGUGUAAACACAGGUCGCACAUGUGAUGUCAGCAUUUUUUUGUCGCGGAAAGUGACGCUGCGGACCUUACAACUCCGGUUUUGUCUGUCCACACGCAGACACCCAAAACAGAGAAAACGCAGAUCUUCACUUUGGCCGUAGUUUUUAAAAAGAUCCGUUUUCGUGUGAAAAAACUCCGUUUUCGUGUGGAUGACAGGCCAAAACGUAGAAAAAUAUCUACGUUUUGGCAGAUCCCCGACUACGUGUGGACAGGGCCUUAGUCACCUGAAAAAGUCAAGUUUAACAGGAGGGAUAAAAUAUGCAGUUCACUCUCCAAGCGGGAGCCUUUUGUGAUUUGUGAUGUUUGAAGAAAAAACAUGAAAAUGUCAUUGCAUUUGAAUAGAAACCAUUGUACUUGUAGCACUGCUGGUUCUGAGUAGUUCUGGAGGUGCAGAUAGAUACGGAUCAGAGGACACAUCUGGCUGCAGGAAAUAUCACUAUCACCAGCAUCUUUAGGGUUUCUCCCACAGGACCAACCCCUCCACUCCAAGUCCUGCUGUGAAAUCGAUCCAAGUGUGGGGUUUAGCACGAGACUUAACCAAAACAAUUCAGUGGAUCUCACGUAAGAAGUGCAUCAAAUUGUGAAACGGUGAAAACAUACGUCUUGUUUUAUCACUUCAUCUCUGCUUAGUUAAGAAACCUGAAAGCCUUUGUUGAUCUUUCAUCUUUUACUGAUGGAUCUUCAGUUCUGCAAGCAGACGAUGCCAGAUCGGGUUUAUGGAGCUAGUGUUGGUGCACGGACGGACCCGGAGAGCCGGAUGUGGCUGCGCUGUAGACACCCCGCUGGGUAAAUUGUCUGUCUGCACAGCAGAAAGCCAGCAUAAAUGUUUAUCUGGUUUACUUGUUCCCACUGUGUGUUUUUGGGCAGGAACAUGUUUCUGAUGGAUUAGCAUACCAGAGAUCACCUAGUGCUAAUUUAACUAGUGAAAGCUGCAGAGUUUUGCAUGCUGCUCUUUAUUUGUCAUCAGAGAUGGACGCUUCUUUGAAUUUCAAAUUAAAAGUCUGUAACAGACGAGUUUCUGGAGGCCGUCAGGAGGAACAUAAUUGUCUCGUCAUGAAACCAAAAUCCUUUAUGUAACUCGCCGUGUUUCCACAUCUAAUGAUGCUCAUUAAUUAAGUAGGCUUCAUCCCUCCCUUUGUAAGUCCCAUUCAUGAGUAAGCCCCCCCCACCCCACCCCCUCCUCAGUCAUGAAUAAUCAAUGAGCAGCUGUUUAUUAAACAUGAAGGGGUGUAUAUAACAGGGAUCUGGCAGCGACCUCCAAAAGCUCAGCAGUGGGCUGCAGAGUGGCGGAGAGGGAGGGAGCGAGCGUGCGAGGCAAGGAGGAAGGAGGGGGGCCAUCGAGCUGAGAUACGGACACGAGCUGGGGGGAGUCAGUCCCAGCAGCUAAAGUCGUCUCGCAGCUGUGGAAGAAAGGCUCAGAGAGCUGCUGUUGUGUCCUGUUCCAGAGGCUGGAGGGAGAUCCUGGAUGGUUUCAUCUCCACCACCAUGGGAUGCAGCCUCUGUUCCCUACGGAAGCCUGAGCAGCAAUUUAAACUACUCUAUGAAGUCUGCCAGGUUAACGGUAAGGAUCUGUCAAAGGCCACCCAUGAACAGGCUGUGGAGGCGUUCCGCACCGCCAAGGACCCCAUCGUGGUCCAGGUUCUGCGUCGGGCCCCGCAUCCCAAACUGGUCAGCCCCGUGGCAGACACCCAGGUGUCAGACAUCAGCACUCAGACCGACAUCACUCUCCAGCACAUCAUGGCCCUGGCCAAGCUGCCUCCCACCUCACCACCGAUGACGGAGCUAGAGGAGUUUCUGCUGCCGGAGGAACAUUCUCCUGGACAUGCCUAUUUUGACCCCAAUGACUUCCUAGAGGGCAUUCAACAGGACAUUGAGCGUGAGGGGCUGGAAUAUGAGGAGGUGGAUCUGUACCGAGCCAACGUCCAGGACAAACUCGGCCUGACCAUCUGUUACAGGACGGAUGAUGAAGACGAGGCUGGGAUCUACAUUAGUGAGAUUGAGCCCAACAGCAUCGCUGCAAAGGAUGGCCGAAUCAGAGAAGGAGAUAAAAUCAUACAGAUAAAUGGUGUUGAGAUCCAAAAUCGGGAGGACGCUGUGGUGCUUCUGACCAGUGAGGGCAACCAGAACAUCUCUCUGUUGGUGGCCAGACCAGAGAUCCAGCUGGACGACAGCUGGAUGGACGAUGACAGGAACGACUUCCUGGAUGAUCUCCACAUGGACAUGCUGGAGCAGCAGCACCAUCAGGCUAUGCAGUUCACAGCCAGCAUGCUGGAGCAGAAGAAGCACGAGGAGGACGGAGGUACCACAGACACCGCCACGUUGCUUUCCAACCACCAUGAGAAGGACAGUGGGGUUGGACGCACAGACGAGAGCAUACGCAACGACGAGAGCUCCGAGCAGGAGAACCUCGCCGAUGAUCAGACGACCACAGCCUCCAACACACUGGGCAGCUGCAGAAAGCUGACCUACAGCCAGGACACGCUCGGCAGCACCGACCUGCCCUUCAGCAGCGAGUCCUUCAUCUCAGCAGACUACACCGACGCAGACUUCCUGGGCAUCCCGGUGGACGAAUGUGAACGCUUCAGAGAACUGCUGGAACUGAAGUGUCAGAUGGGGAUCAGUGGAGCUCAGGGUCUGUACAGCCAUGGAGCCGGUGCGGAGGAAGGGGUGGACAAGGAGCUGGAGCUGCUUAACGAGGAGCUGCGCUGUAUUGAGCUGGAGUGUCGCAACAUCGUUCGAGCUCACAAGAUGCAACAGCUGAGGGAGCAGUGCCGAGAGUCAUGGAUGCUCCACAAUAGCGGCUUCCGCAACUACAACACCAGCAUAGAUGCUAGGCGCCAUGAGCUUUCAGACAUCACAGAGCUGCCUGAGAAGUCUGACAAGGACAGCUCCAGCGCAUACAACACCGGAGAGAGCUGCCGUAGCACUCCUCUCACCCUGGAGUUGUCUCCAGAUAACUCCCUCCGUCGAGGAGUGGAGAAUGCAGGCCCAGGUGGACCAUCCAGCAACUCUGUCGGCAAGAUGCUGAAACCUCUCUUGUCCCCUGUCCAGGAGGCCAGUGUGCCCAGCAGGAGCAGAAGCUCCUCUAAGGACCCUGAUGGAGCUCUGCAGUCCGAGAGCAGAGAGAGAAAGCUGGGAGAGCCAAGUAAGAACGGGCGCAGCUUUUCCCAACCCCGUUCUCCUUACAAGCAUGCUCACAUCCCCGCCCAUGCCCAGCACUACCAAAGCUAUAUGCAGCUGAUCCAACAGAAGUCAGCCGUGGAGUACGCCCAGAGCCAAAUGAGCCUGGUCAGCAUGUGCCGAGAUCCCAUCAGCCCCAGCGACCUGGAGCCCAAGAUGGAGUGGAAAGUCAAGAUCCGCAGCGACGGCACGAGAUACAUCACCAAGCGGCCCGUUCGGGACAAGCUGCUGAGGGAGCGCGCCAUACGGAUCCACGAGGAGCGCAGUGGCAUGACCACAGACGAUGACGCCAUCAGCGAGCUGAAGAUGGGCCGCUACUGGAGCAAGGAGGAGAGGAAGCAGCACGCGGUGCGUGCCAAGGAGCAGAAGCAGCGCCGUGAGUUCAUGAAGCAGAGCCGGGCCGACUGUCUGAAGGACCAGCCCGGCACCGAGGACAAGAAAGAGCCUAACAUCAUUGAACUCAGCCAUAAAAAAAUGAUGAAAAAGAGGAACAAGAAAAUAUUUGAUAACUGGAUGACCAUCCAGGAACUGCUGACCCACGGUACCAAGUCACCGGAUGGCACGAGGGUUUACAACUCCCUGCUGUCGGUGACCACGGUGUGAGCCGUGAGGAGUGGAGCCAGCUCCUUGACACACUUUCUGUGUAAAUAAAGCGUUUUUGGACAAACCUUUUCCACGGCUCCAUCAGAAGAGGACUCAACUUUGUAUAUUGAUCCUUUUUAAAACCGUUUUCAGUCUUUUUUUUUUUUUUACCUUUUGAGCUUUUGAAUAGUUUUGGAAACAACAAAAACACAACAGUUGACUUUAUGGGAAUGUUUGCGAGUGUGUAACGAACGUCUGCCAAACUUUAACAGCCAGCAUUUACACUAUUUACAUUAUUCUGUUUGUACUAUAUAAAUAUCUUUAUAUAUGUGUGUAUGUAUCUCUUGUCAGUAUUUUACAGUUACACAUACUUUAUGUUUUUGUGUAAACAAUGAUUUUUUUCCCAGAAAGGCAGAGCACAACAUAUUUUGUAAACUGAAAAAGGCUAAUUUUGUAUGAAACGAUCAGGUUUAUUGUUGUAAAUCCUCCUGAACGGUGCUGAUCUCCCAAAGUUAAACACCACCAGCGAUGUUUCGUCUGUUUUCCUGUGCAGCAAUCAUGGCGUGGUAUCCCUGUGUAUGUUUGAACAUUCACAGAAAAAUGUUCCGCACGCUGAAGCGUUUUUGUUUGGACACUCCUGUAGUUGCGUUUGCUUUCGUAGAAUUUCCUGUAUUAAGCAGAAAACCAGCUUAACAAAUCUUUAGUUAGCCCACGAUUUGUCUUGUAAAAUGAGAGGCAUAAUAAAUUAUUGUUUUAUAUAUGA